AUGAGUGAACGGAAUAAGAUAUACCCUGUAUAUUAUAAUACUGUAUUCGGAAUUUUAGGAAUCGUGUUUGGAGUAUCGCUAUGGCUCUUAAGUUAUAAUCAUACAGAUUUGAGCAUAUUUAACCUAGAUAUUAAUGGAGUCAUCGCAAUUACUGGCAUUGCGUACGGAUUUAUGAACAUGGCAGUGCGUACAAUAUGCAUAUGGCUCACUAUGUGGAUUUUAAGCCGAAAUCUUUAUAAUGGAGGGGUAACAAUCAAUGAACUAGCACUUACAUCUGAUUUCGCUCAUGGGAGAUGGUAUAACAUCAUGAAACUGACUCCAAAACGGACAGCUAUCAUGAUUUGUUGCGAAAUACUAUUGCUAAUAACAGAGAUAGGUUAUAAAUUUGGGGUGCAGUCAGGAGAUAGUUAUAGUGUAGAAUAUAACAUUACGAAUGGGUUUUCUCAUAAUUAUUAUAGUGCAGGAUUGUUUAGGGGGGCUGCCUGCGAUGGUGAAAAUUAUGUAUUAUGUUUGACAGAUACAGCAAUAAAUAUACUGACUGAUGGUGUUGCAACAGCUGAUUUAAGUACGCUCGAGAAUUGGGGAUUUCUACAAACAUUUAUUUGGCAAGAGAGUAACAAUGUUAUAUAUAGUAUUCUGCAACGUCCAUAUAUAAAUUCAGAUACCUUGAAUCAAGUUGGACCUAAUUUAACAGAUCAUAACAUUGUAGCAAAGAAAUUGAGUGGACUGGUGCUUAGUAUUGUGCGAAUAGAAGUUGUAAACGCAAGAAACAUGAAUGGAUGGAGUUCCUAUGGAAGCGUCGUAGUUAAUUGUGCUCUUGAUUUCGAUUAUACUACAUGGAAUGAUACUAUAUCACCAAUUGGAGACACUAUAAUUAUUGACGGGUGGUCAAACUGCAUACCAAAUCACCAUCACAUGGAGAUCCGUAUGGAGUUGUGUAAUGGUACAGUGGAAUGGACAAUAGAGCCCGGACAACAAGUGCAAUCUUGGAAUGUAACUAAUUUAUCGAACCUUCAAUGCGGGCCAAUAGGAAUAAAUACAACAAAAGGGUCGCAGGUGCUUAGUUCCAUGUCAGCACAAGGUGGACUAUAUGGACUCGAUCAUCGUUUAUUCAGCUUAACACUGAUUGAUGCAGCAGAUGCAAGUCAAACUGGAAAAAGUACUUUAGGCGUUGAUGUUGUUGGAUGGAAUUUAUCAAGAAUUUACGUAUAUCAACGAAUACAAGUUGCG